AUGAAUGAUCAAAAUCAGUUAGAAAAAUUGCAAGACGUGUCUAUGAUCUGUGAAAGCGAAGUUUUGGAUUUGCUUUGGGUUGAUUCGUACGGUUUCAAUACGUUGGAUCGUCUUUACUCCAAUAUCAGCCUUGUUGAACAUAUAUUGCAGGUGAUACCGGAUUUUGAAGAGUUUUUUGACAGCUGUGUUUGGCGUAACGAGUACAUAGAAUGUAAGAAGUUAUUUCAAAGAGUUCUCACAUCGGAAGGCGUCUGCUACACAAUGAAUACGUUGGCAUCAUCCGAAAUAUUCCGGACCGAGAAUUUACAUGGAGAUUUUGCUUACUUGGAAUCAACAGAGAUGAGCCGUAAUUGGACGAUAGAGGAAGGCUAUAAAAGCGAAGAUAACAAUACAUAUCCAAGAAGAGGAAGGAAAAACGGGGCCGAGCCAGAUUUAAAAGUUGUACUUAAAGAUAACCCGGAACAGAAAGAUAAACUAUGUAAUAAACUUAAAAAUGGUUUCAAGAUAUUUAUACACCAUCCCGCAGAUUUGCCGCAGCCUUCAUUGUACUAUUACAGUGCGUUGUCGUCCCAAGUUUCUUCUAUGGCACUAAAAUUUGAUAUUUUGCGUACAUCAAACAGUUUGGAUUCAUUACCCGUUGAGCAACGUCAAUGCUAUUUUCCCCACGAGCGACAACUGAGAUAUUUCCAAAGCUAUUCUUCAAACAAUUGCCGAGUCGAAUGCUUGACUAAUUACACGUUUACAAAAUGUGGAUGCGUCGCAUUUUAUAUGCCCUAUCACAUCAGUGAUAAAAUUUGCACCUUAGCAAAGUUUGAGUGCGUGAAAAAUGCCAAAGAGGAAGUAGCACAAACACAUGGAAUGGAAUCGAUAUCAGACAACGCACAUGCAUGUCAAUGCCUCCCUUCCUGUAACAGUAUCGAUUAUGACGCCGAGAUUCUGAAGUCAGAAUUCCACAUAAAGGAUUACAUGACAAGUUUCACGAAAAGUUUCGGUUACGACGAUAUAUAUAGUGAAACGAUAAUGGGCAAUGACAGUUUCUCGAAGAUAGAACUGUUUUAUAAGUUACCACGUUUCAUGUCGUUCAAACGAUCAGAACUAUUUGGCAAGACCGACUUCUUGGCGAACUGCGGUGGUCUGCUCGGGUUGUUCCUAGGAUUCUCUUUCCUCAGUCUAGUCGAGAUAAUAUAUUUCAUAACAUUGAGAAUAUGGUGCGCCUUAGCACGGGAAAAGCGUUAUCAGAAAAAUGAAAAAUGAAACAGAAAUAUCAUCAUUAAAUAUAUAUUUAUUGUGAACAUUAUUAAUAGAUUGAGGAAUGUCUGUUUUGACCUUUUUUUAAUUUACAUACUAAAUAUAAAAAAAUUGUACAUAAAAAGUCACAUUUAAACAUGAAAAAAAGAUGACAAUAUUAAGAAUAAAAUUCAUGAAACUGGUAUAUUAAUGGUGACGCAAAAAAAGGUUAUCAGCAUAAAAUUAAAUAUAAUACGUGCAUAUUCGGAAAUCCGUUAAGUAAAGAAUAAGGCUCAGAAGAACGUCCCCAGUUCUCAAUUUUGAAACAAUAUAAAUAAGCUAUCCUUCAAAGAUGCUUUGUUUUUGGCUUAAAUAAAAUAAAAAGCCGACGACAUUUACUUAUGUUAUGCUGUCG